CUACAGCAUAGCAUAGCAGCGUGAGCGCGCAUCACUUCCUGUGCAUGCUGGGCGCUUUCAACUCCGACAGGACAACCGUCGGAGUCGACGAAGUCAUAUAAAUAGACAGGAGUUACGGAAUAUCUAAGUGAAUACUUCACCAAACAGUUUGAGUUUCUUAAGACACUGACUCCUGUCAUUGGACCAGCUGGCAUUGGACGGGGUGUCGGACCCUCCCCCCGCACAACGACAGAAUGAGACAAUAGCUGGGGGUGUUGGAUAUCAUCCCUCCCCCUCCUCUUUGUUUUCCCCGUCUACAUAUCCAAGAAGCAUAUACAUACUCACUAUCUUACAUUAACACACUACAAAACAAUACCUUGGACCUCUGUGGCCCCCACACUUUACUUUGUAGGGACCAUGAGACUUUUACAGGACGUUUGCUGUUGAGAACCCUCUGGGAACAAAACGCAUUUCCUUUCAGCCAGUGGACACAUCCUUCCAGUUCCUACGGCUUUGGUGGAGCUUGAUGGAAGCUCAGUAGAUCACUGAAUCAUGAAAACACCAGAAGACCACUGGGAGUUUCCAUUUGGAGUUGUAUAUUAAUAGGAUUGCCAGUGAGAAAAGCAAAUCUAAUUCAUCCUGCAGCACGUCUGAACGUCUGCUUGAAUAAAUGAUACCUCUCUUUCGCGGUUUCAUCCAUCCCAUCUGAAGUGCCUUGUGCUUCAUCGAACUGUUUACAUCUACUCCACAUAUCUGAUUUAUCUGCCAAUCCCUGAAACAAUUGAUUUGUUUACAUCUCCAGGCCUUAGAGCCUUCCAAGACAUAUCUGUUUCAUUUGUUUGCAUGCAAGUAAAAGUCUAAAGCAUCUGAGAUACAAGGAAUGAGACCACCGUAGAGUUCAGUUCCUCAAACAUAUUCAACCUAAACUCCAACAGACUGUUCCUCUGACUCUCAAACGUGAUACACCGAGCACUUCCAUCACCAUGUACACACUGCAGUCCAAAUGGCGCUACCUAAUCAUGUUCUUGGGCGUCCAGCUAGUAGUCAUGGCUCUUCUGUCAAGAGAGGGCUACCAGAAAAGAGUGUCGUAUUUUUUCCGGAUCUUUCGUAAGCCGGAUUCUACAACAGGACACACAGGUGGACGCAACCACACGGAUGUUUACGCCAACCUCUCCCUUUUAGGCCCUGCUCUUAAUAAAGACGACAUGCCCUACUGCCCCAAGCAGUCUCCUCUGAUUGGUGGACCAAUUCAUGUCACUUUUCCCUCUGGACUUACGCUUGCCGAGGUGGAGAGGAAGAAUCCACUUGUUGUCCGUGGAGGGCGCUAUAGGCCGCCAAACUGUGAGGCUCGCCACCGCACUGCAAUAAUCAUUCCCCACAGAAAUAGGGAGCACCACCUCAAGUUCCUGCUCUACUACCUGCAUCCCUUCCUGCAGCGUCAGCAGCUCAGCUAUGGCAUCUAUGUCAUUCACCAGGCUGGUAAUUACACGUUUAACCGAGCAAAGCUGAUGAACGUGGGAUUUCGUGAAGCCAUGAGGGACGAGGACUGGGACUGCCUCUUCUUUCAUGACGUGGACCUCAUUCCCGAGGACGACCGCAACACCUACGUCUGCGACGCUCACCCCAAACACGCUGCCAUUGCUAUGGACAAAUUUGGCUACAAGUUGCCUUAUAAGAUGUAUUUUGGAGGAGUGUCAGCUUUGACCCCUGUUCAGUACCUCAAGAUGAACGGUUUCCCGAAUAAUUACUGGGGCUGGGGCGGUGAGGACGAUGACAUCGGUGUCCGGGUCUCUCUUGGAGGAAUGGUGAUCAGUCGUCCAUCUCUAAAAGUUGGCCGAUAUAAGAUGAUCAAACACAAGCAUGACAAAGGCAAUGAAGUGAAUCCCAAAAGGUUUAACAUGUUGGCUAAGACCCGGCAUACAUGGAGAGAAGACGGUAUGAAUACGGUGGAGUAUGAAAUCGUAUCCCGGGAUUACCAGCCGCUUUACACCAACAUCACAGUCAACAUCGGCACCGAGGCAGGCCUCCACCCGACCAAAAAAAAGCCUGCUUCGUAGUUGACUCCCAGCAUUCUUGUGGAUCCCAAAGGCACAAGUCUUAGCGUCAAUGCCGCACUGCCUGCAGACCACUUCACCCACAUGCACAUGGCCAGUGAAUUCACGGGACAUCAUGCCUUUAGUGCACCACAGACCUUCUGUUUCCUCUGUAAUGACGGUGCCAUCUAGUGGUCCCAUGAUUCUCUGUCCUUUCUCUCUCUUGUUCUCCAAAGUUAGACAGUUUGAUCCUGUUCUCACUUGUUCACUUUAUCAGUCAGGAUGCUGCAGAAGCUCCAUCGACUCGUCCACACACUGACCGCUUCGCAGACUCAGUGAUGGGCCCCUUUGUUUCCUGACAGACAGACUUUUCAUCUAUCCUCUGUGCCCAUGGGCACCAUUUAAAAACCUCUGUUGCCUUAGAAUCAAGCUGCACUCUCUCCUUACAUCUCUUUCAUGAUGACUGAAGCAUAGUUUUGGCCGCCCAUGGUUGAUGUCGCACUGGGUGAGCCUGACUCUUAGGAAGAGGUAAAAUUUGUUUUCUGUCAAGUGAUGGAAAUGGUGAAGCAGGCCGAUGUACUACAUAAGCAACAUUGUUUGCUGCACUACUCUGUGAGUCUGGUGCAUUUCCUCUUCAGUAAAUUAGUACUUUUGAUUAUGUACUGUAUUGCUAUCCAGGCGGAUGGAGUAUGUGAUAUUUUGUCAUACACCUUCCAUGUCAAGUAACUCCAUCAGAACUGGCCUCUUUGGUAGUAAUAACCACUCUACAUUUACUGAUGUUCUCCAUUUUUCUUUUUCUUUUUUAUUUUCGUAACUGCCUUUUGGUUGUCUUAGUAAUAAUGUUGGCUUUUGUAAUAAUCAACAUGCUGCCUCUCAUUUUCAUGAAUUACUCAACACAUUGUAUUUUAUCUGCAUGAUUUUUUUUUAAAUGAUUGGCUGGUUGUGUGCAGUUUGCUUUGGAUUAGCAAUAGGCUUGUUGAAUGUAGCUGUAUCUCUCCUUUUGGUGAGAUAAUGUCUCGUUAUUGAAGAGCUCAUCGUGUUGUGUUCGUUUGCUUGGCUUCAUGAAAAGUACAAUAUUCCCAUUUGAGUUGCCUAGAAAUGCUCUUACCUUGUUAUCUGAAAGCUUUUAAAAAGACAUUCAGCCUCAUAAAAACACUAAAUUGUAAAUUGUUCGUAAAACCAUUUUUAAGUAAAUUGUCCCAUUGAAUAAAAUGCGCUAAGAAUGUCUGUAAAAUCAUUUUACGUAAAAUGUUGCAUUGAUUCGAAUAAGCUAACAUUUGUAAAUCAGUGUAAUGAAUCAAAUGCGCUAACAGCUUUGAAACCAUUCCUGUGUAAAUUGUUGCAUGACGUUAAAUUAAACCAUAAAUAAAACUAUUUUUAUAUAAAAUUGUUGCCUUGGAUGUGCCAAGGUUUGUAAAACCAUAUUUAGAUCGUUGAAUUAGAAUUGAAUGCUCUAAUAUUUGUAAACUCAUCUCUUAAACCAUUCUCAUAAAUCCAUUAAGUUGUUGCAUUACACUGAAUGUGCUAAAUCCCAUAAACAUUUUAUUAGUGCUGUCAAAUCGAUUAACUGUGAUUAAUCACAUCCAUAAUAGAAGUUUGUGUUUACAUAACAUGUCAUAACAUCUGCGUGUGCUGAAUGAUAUGUGUAUAUAUAAAUAUACACCCAUACAUGCAUAUACUUAGGAAAUAUAUAUAUAUAUAUAUACUCAUGUACAUUUGUGUAUUUACAUAUAGAUAGACACAGCACAUGCACAUAUAUUAUGUAAACAAACUUAUUUUAGAUGCGAAUAAUCGCGUUUAAUCGAUUUGACAGCACUGUUUUUUUAUGCAAGUUGUUGCUUUCAAUUGAAUGCGCUAAUAUUUGUAAAAUUCUUCUUAAAUAAACCAUUCUUAGUCUUUUUGUAAAUCCAUUCUAAAGUUGUUCCAUUGAAUGCGCUAAGAACAAUACACAUUUUUAUUAGUGCUGUCAAAUCGAUUAAUCGCAAUUAAAUGCAUCCAAAAUAAGUGUUAACAUAACGUGUGUGUGCUGUGCAUAUUUGUGUAUACAUAAAUAUACAUGCAUUUAAGAAAUAAAUGUAAUGUAUAUUUAUAUAUAAUAUAAAUCAUACAUAAAUAUGAAUACACGUGUAAUAUACGAAUAUGCGUGUAAAUAUUUCUUAUACAUGUAUGUACAUAUUUAAGAAAUAUUUAUGUUUGUGUAUUUAUAAAUAUACACAGUACACGCACACACAUUAUGUAAACAAACUUUUUUGUAUGCGAUUAAUCACGAUUAAUCGACUUGACAGCACUCAUUUUUAUGCAAGUUGUUGCGCUAAUAUUUGUAAAAUCAUUCUUGCGUGAAUUGACGGAAUGAACGGAAUAUAUGCGUAUUUAUAUAAACAGCACAUGCACACAUAUUAUGUAAACAAACUCGAUUAAUCACUGUUAAUCGAUUUGACAGCACUGAUUUUAAUGCAAGUUGUUGCUUUGUUGAAUGCGCAAGUAUCUGUAAAACCAUUCUUGCAUGAAUUGGCGUAAUGAAUCAAAAUCAUUCAUGUAAAUUGCUGCAUUAAAUUAAUGCGCUACAGUUCAUAAACCAUUCUUAAGAAAAUCGUUGCAUUGUCAAAUGCGUUCAUCGUUCUUGCAUGCAUUUACUUUUAACAGUCAUACAACCAUUUCAUUCAAUGCAACUAUUUACAUUGAAAUGGUUACGAACAAUUUACACGUUGGUUGUUUUGCUUGCUGUUAAUGAAUGAAGCCAUUAUAGGCACAGUCUGGGAAAAAAAAAUGGUCUCAACCAUUUCAAUUUACACCCGACUGGCAGACUAAAUUGUUUUUGUACAUGUCACACUUUUCAUAUUUAAAAAUGCAAAAUGUCUCAUGAAUUUGGAGAAAUAGCAGUUCUGAAAAUUACACUAAAUCACCUUAUUUGCCAUGCCUUGUUCCUGUCUGACCUAUAAAUGUCUUCUGUGUUGUUCGGUCUCUUGGUGAAACACACUCUCUGACAGUCAAAUCACCAGAUACACAGAUGCUUCAGACGGAUCUGUGCAGGCGUGGAUACGUGAAUCUCAGAUACGCGUUUGUGAUAGAGAACUCGAUCAUCUGUUUUUUUUCGAAUGCUGCUGUUCUCUGUGUGAAUGUGAAAGGUGGAGUUAUUUGCUCCCCUCUUUACUAGUUUGUAUGCUGUUGGGACUUUGUGAUGGGUCGUUUAAAAAAAAUAUAUGGUGUUGGGUCAUUGAAGGAUGUCACUGAGGCAGAGAUACCAAAAAAUUCAUUUUUUUUUUUUUUUUAACAAGCAUGUUUUAUUUUAUUUUUUUCUUGUUCUGCUUAACAAUAGUAGUGUUUUUUUCUUGCGAAAGGUUAAGGUGGUUGUUAAUGGUCAGGUUAAUUAAAUCUGUCCUUUACAUAAGUCUGUUGGCUCAUAUCACCUGAGUGUAAUGACUGUAAAUGUGUUUUUUGGGGGUGUAAGGGGUGACUCAAGAUCUUUAUUCACAUUGAGAAUUUAUAUUUGAUAACUAUUCACAUCACCGUUUUAGAAGGUACUUAGAAAACUGUUGUUCAGCCAUGAAUAAUCUAGUUUGAUAUGUACAGAUGACCGGCUGCACGUUACUCAGGUGGGGUGAUGUAUCUGACACUUCUAAAUGUGCCUUAUCGGGCGUCAGUAAUCUGGAGUUCUUGGUGGGCAGUGCUCUGAACACAGGGCAUUUGUUUCUGUUUAAGAAGUCUGCACACUACUCAGCGGCCUUAUGUUGAUUUAAUAAAACAAAUGUUAAUGUA